GUCAGUGGUCAGUGAUUGAUGACAUUUGAUUUUAUUUGACAUAACCGGUCGCACAUUGUCAAACACAUUGUUUUGUGAACAGUGAACUGAGUUAUUGUUAGCUGAAUUUAAGAAAUUAUUAUCGUUGUUUACAAACCGGUGUGCUGUAAAACUGUGACAUUAUAAUUUGUAUUAUCAACGGUAUCAAGCACAAUUCAGUCAUUCAAAUAGUUACAAUUAUGACAGAAGCUAUCGUCAAAAACAUCGACAAUGCGUGUGAAACUGCAGAAGAGUUUACAAAAGUUUUCUAUAAACAAGUGGAUAAUAACCGGCAUUUAACGUCUAAACUAUAUUUAGACACCGGCCUAUUGGUUUGGAAUGGAAAUGGAAUAACUGGUAAUGAUAAGAUACAGAAAUUCUUAAUGGACUUACCUGCCAGUAAUCAUGUGCUCAAGACAUUAGAUGCACAGCCAAUUUCAGAAAAUUUGGUUUCAAACAAGCUGACGUACCUCAUUCAAGCUUGUGGAGAUGUAACCUAUCAAAAUGACGACAGCAAGAAGUCGUUUCAGCAAACAUUUGUGAUUGUGGCUGUUGAUGGAAAGUGGAAAAUUGCAUCUGAUUGUUUCAGAUUACAAGUGCCAUAUAGUAGUUAAUAAAUGGAACAUAAUUUAAGAUUUUUGUAUUGGAAAAACUG